UUCUUGAUUACAUAAAAAUGUAUUACAAUAAUAUUUCGUGUGUGCAUUUCAGUUAUAUCAGUUAGUGUAUAAUGUUUUAUGAAACUAUCGACGGGAUUUUAUAGAACGCAAAAAUAUGUUGUACAGUUUGUAGGUCGAUAUAGGUAACUAUAUAGAUUUGAAAAUAAUAUAUUGCAGAUAUUUGUUAAUUAAUUCCAGAACGACGUCAAGAAAAUUUAAUGGAAAUAUAAGAGGUGACCAGCCAAUAUUGUUAAUAAAAUGACCAACUCUUCGUUAUUAAAAAUAACGAAUCUAAAAGGAUUACGUUAUAUUAAUAGUCGUCAAAUUUAUCUUAGACUUUCGAAAAAUUAUCACUGGUCGAAGUAUAGUUAUUUAUAUGGAGCUUCGAGUAAUCCACUCAAACCUUAUACAAUCGGAGGGGUUUUCAAUGAUGUCGUACAACAGAAUCCGGACCGAGAGUGCCUGGUUAGCCGACACGAGAACAAGCGAUACACUUUCGCCGCCAUGGAUAUUGAGGUGGAUAAGCUGUGCAGGAGCUUUAAUGCCAUUGGCCUCAAACACGGGGACCGGGUUGGAAUAUGGAUGCCUAAUUGCGUAUUAUACUAUAAGGCUAUUAUGGCGACAGCUCGCCUGGGACUAAUUUUGGUAACCAUUAAUCCAGCUUAUCAGAGUGACGAACUGAAACACACUUUAAUUCUAGCUGAAGUGAAGUGUCUAAUAACCUUAGAGAAGUUUAAGACUCAAAACUAUCCUGAAAUAUUAGAGAAGAUUGAUUCGGACAUUUGGAAUCGACCUUCUAAUACGCCGAUUAAGUCGAAAAUUUUACCCAUGCUGGAAUCAGUUAUUUUUGAUUCAGAAAACUGUAUAAAUGGUGCUUAUAAUUUACAAUCGUUAUUAGAUAUGGGUUGCAAUUCAAACUAUAGUAUUCCUAAAAUUCAACCAGACGAAGGAUGCAUUAUUCAGUUUACUUCAGGUACCACUGGUAAACCAAAAGCAGCAUUAUUGAACCACUUUGCUCUAAUGAACAACGCCCACUUUAUCAUGAAGCGUGUAGGGAUUGAAGAUGACAUCAGAGAAGGCAAAUUACAUAAAUUUUGCAAUCCAAUGCCUUUAUUUCAUGCUUCGGGUUUAUCCAUUGGUGUUCUUGGACCUUUGAUUACCAAAUCAACAGUUUAUUUACCAUCAGCCCAUUUUGAUCCGAAAGCAACGGUCGAUGUUCUUACAAAAGAAAAAUGUACAUUUAUGUUUGGUACGCCGACGAUACAUUUGGAUACUAUGUCUGUUUUCGAAAAACUUCCGCCAGAACAACAAGAUAACAACAUUAAAAUCGCAAUAACCGGUGGAGCCACUUGUUCUCCGAAUUUGAUGAAUAAGUUUAGGAAGAUGUUCCCACGCGCUAAAAUAUUGUCUUUGUUCGGGAUGACAGAAACUAGUCCCUGUUCGUUUCAAAAUUUCAUAAACGAUUCAGAUGAACAGAUAAUGUCUACGAUGGGUUUCAUACAUGAUCACGUGGAGGCAAAAGUAGUCGAUACCAACGGCCAUAUGGUACCGUUUGGAACUCCCGGGGAAUUGUUGGUUCGCGGAUAUUUGCUAAUGAAUGGUUAUUUUAACGACGAAGAAAAGACAAAAGAAGCGAUCGAUUCUAACGGGUGGCUACACACGGGAGACCAAUUCGUUUUGUACGAAGAUGGAUAUGCAAAUCACGUUGGCAGAUUAAAAGAAAUGAUUAUCCGCGGUGGUGAAAACUUAUUUCCUAAAGAGAUUGAGUACUUUUUGGAGUCUCAUCCCAUGAUUUCACAAGUCCAAGUAUAUGGUAUACCCGAUCAGAGGAUGGGCGAAGAAGUGUGUGCCAGCGUCAUCAUCAAAAAAGGGGCUACGGUCACUGAAGCAGACAUCAAAGCGUACAGCAAAGGAAAGAUCUCCCAUUUUAAGAUCCCCAAAUACAUAUUCAUCGAAAAGGACGGGUUCCCGUUGACGGCGUCGGGCAAAGUGCAGAAGCACAUAUUAAGAGAAAUGGCGAUACAACGUAUUUCUAGUCUAACCUAAUCUAGUUAAGAUCAUAAUUUAACAUAAGUCUCCGUUAAUCAGUUCUGUAUAAUUUCCUUAAAGGAUCUAUCGUCUUCUGUGUUACUAUUGUGAUCGCUAAUUUUUGUAACUGUAUCUGCUGAGCUGUGUUUUAUUGUCAUAUAAUAUACACACUGCAGCUAAAUAUUAUACGUAAACAAGAAGCUAUCAUACCGUUAUUCUUUUACAAAAUUCAUUAUAUUAAUAGGCUAAAUAAUCGUAUUUUAAUUAUUUGUUUUAAGUUAAUUAUGCAUAUCGUUACUUUAUUAUUAAAUAAAUUGAUUUACUUGA